AUGGACAUCACCAGGGGCUCCAUGUCGAGCAACUCGAAUCUGAGUACCAAGGACGACGGCACCACCCCCAACGAACCCUUCAUCCUGCGCCAUGGCCGCAGAUACAUCCGACGCGCGCAAGGCUACCCGCUGCCAUGCGAUCUUCCCGAACUCCACCGUCAGAAUCUACAGACCCUUCUUGCCACGGCCGUCUUCGGGAGGGCCCUGGGCUCCACCCCGUCGCACGCUCCGAAAAAAGUCCUGGAAGUCGCAUGCGGCACAGGAUACUGGUCGGCUGUCUGUCACGAAUGGUUGAGUGGUCAGGGCUACGAAGACGUUUCUUUUACCGGACUGGACAUUGUCCAUGUGGCCGGAGACUUGCAGCGCCAGGGCAUUGACUGGAAAUUUGUGCAACACGACUUGCGCAAGUUGCCACUGCCGUUUGACGACGAGGAGUUUGACAUAGUAGUCAUGAAAGACAUGAGCAUGGUAGUCCCCUUGGGGGCGCCAACACAAAGGACACUUGACGAGUGUAUCCGCAUUCUCAAAUCGGGCGGCACGCUAGAAAUGUGGGAGACUGAUCACAUCAUUCGUUCCAUCAUGCCUCAUCCCCCACCUCCGCCAGGCAAGAACCCCCAGGAUUAUGCUUGCGCCGUAUCAACUGGGACGUUUCUUAUUUCGCAUACGACGCCCUUUACCGACGUCCAAAACAAGUACCUCCAAGAUGCAAAUGCGUGGAUCCAAGAAGCCCUGGGCCGACGCAAACUCUCUCCAACCCCCUGUUCGCGCAUCUCUCAGAUAUUGCUCCAGGAGACAGAGACGCUGUGCGAGGUAGAAAACCGCCGGGUGGCGAUUCCGCUUGGCGAGCCGCGUUGGGAACGCGAAGCAGCGGGCGACACAAUGAAGCGACGGGGGAGUGAGGCUGGGAAGCUCAAGAUAGGCGGGUCAACCAUGGAUGGCUCUACUCUGACGCAGGAGCAAGCGGCCCUGCGGCACACGGCGCUCCUUGUUGUUAUUCAACUGAUUGAAAGCCUCGAGCCGCUGCUCAAGGACGUCAGCGGCAAGAAUCAGGAGGAAUGGCAGCGCUACUGGAAUUCCAUGAUCAACGACCUGCUCGAGCAGAAAGGAGCCUCGAGUGGCGAGUGUCUUGAAAUUGGAAUCUGGUGGUGUAAAAAGGUCUAA